ACCAAAGUUCAACCACCUUUUCCCAUUUUCAUAAUUAUCCACAUAGAAUUUUAACGUUGAGUGAUUGCAACGAAAAACUGCAUCCUUGAGGUAUCGUCAAUGUCUCUUGAAAUUUUAUCGCUAGAAGGUCUUCGAAAUGAUGGUCGAAGAUGGAACGAAAUGAGGAAUUUCUUUUGUCGGAUUGGUGUAGAGCCUUCUGAAAAUGGCUCUUCUAUUAUUCAAUAUGGCAAUACCCGAGUGAUGUGCAUUAUAAAUGGACCUUCGGAGCCAACGAUCAAAUCGAAAUCCAGAGCGGAUCGAGCCUUUAUAAAUGUAGAUAUUAAUAUUGCUCCAUUUAGUACAAUUGAUCGGAAACGGCGGUUCAAGUCGGAUCGAAGGAUCCAAUUGCAAUGUUUGGCAUUACAAAGAACGUUUGAACAAGUGGUUCAAGUGGAGCUAUAUCCUAAAAGCCAAGUAUCCAUUUGUUUGCAUGUGCUACAUGAUGAUGGUGCUGUCGUCGCGACGUGCAUGAAUGCAGCUACUUUGGCACUUAUGGAUGCUGGUAUUCCCAUGACGGAUUAUGUUUGCUGUAGUACGGCCGGCAUUAUUGACUCUGACAUCCUUUUGGAUUUGAAUUCUUUGGAAGAAUCUGAUUUGUCUUGGAUGACAGUUGCGGUUAUGGGAACGAAAAACAAGGUUACCUAUAUGCAGCUUGAGACGAAAAUGCAUCUUGAUUACCUGGAAUCCGUGAUGAAUGUGGCGAUUGCAGGAGCCGAACAGAUUUACCAUAUGAUGCAGAAUGCCAUUCGACAAAACGCUAAACCGUAUUUGGCAAAGCUAGUAUAAAUACUCAGAACAUAGAAAAUAGGUUACACUUUCGCAAACGGCUUAAAGGGUUGUAUUUGUGUAUGAGUGUGCGAUGCGAUCAAAACUGUAUGAAAAAAACUAAACGCAAAAUUUACUACGACAAAGAUUUCGUGUUUUGUUAUUGGAAUAAAGGAAUGGGGAAACUUGAAAAUAAGUGGUGAUGCUGUCUUUCACAUAAUAUGAUUUUUAUUUUAUUUUGUUACAUUAUUUUGGAUAAAAAAGGUGAGAUCUUCUUCAAUGAAUUGUACUCUUGUUGAUGAAUUCCUGUUUUCUAAAUCAUGGUAGACAUUGGUACCCUUCGCUUUCGCUUUUAAGACAUAGUGCACAAGAACAAUAGUGAACAGAAAUCAUUAGAGGAAUUGAUGAAUGAAUCUAAUUCUUCCAAAGUAUUGAAAAGAUA